AUGGCCAUCGCUUGUGCUCGGGCCGGCGGAGGACACUCGCGGCUCGGCUCCUCCUGCCGACUCCUUUUGCAGGUUCCCCGGCCCGAGCUGCGAAACCGGCUGGGAUCUCUGCCGGAGCGCGGCGGCUUCGGCAGCGUCUACACGGGGCUGUGCCUGGCGGACAGUGCCCGGCCCAACAGCACCUGCGCACCCCUGGAGAUCGAGCUGCUGGAGGAGAUGUCCACUGGGUUGCAUGGUGUUGUCCAGCUCCUGGGCUGGUUUGAGCUCUGCCACAACUUCUUGUUGGUGAUGAAGCGCCCAGAGCGAUCCCAGGACCUCUUUGAUUUCACUGUGGUGCGGGCAUUCCUGUCGGAAGACCUGUGCAGGGGCUAUUCCGCCACGUGCUGGAGGCCGUGUGGCACUGCAGCAGCUGCGAGGUCCUGCACAGGGACAUCAAACCUGACAGCAUCCUGCUCAACCUGGCCAGCAGACAGGCAAAACUGAUGGACUUUGGCUGUGGCACCUACCUCCAUGUCUGCUCACAAUUUGUAGGUGAGCCCACCCAGGGCCUUGCUCCCCGUGCAGCAGCAUCUCAUGGAUCAACCUCUCAUGGCCCAGCCUGGAUGUGGCACUGGACAUUCCCCCUUUUGCUGCCAGUCAUGGGUGCACCGAUGAGCCACAGAGAUCUGCUCAUAAUU